AUGGCGGCGUUGUUGUUCCUACUGGUCUCAAUAAUCGUCUCUUGCCAGGCGAUCAACUUUUCAAAUGAUAUCUCUUUGCUGGGACGGUUCAACGGACUUUCUACACCCAAUAAUACCAAUCAGUACAGGACAUCUGUUAGGAACGAAGAUUCAAAGAGUUUAGGCAUUUUCAAACUAGGUCAAGAUGAGUCGUUAUCGUUCAUUUCCACAUUCAACGGCACAAUAAAACAGUCCUACUCAUUGGGGAAUAACUUCGUGUUGGUAAUCCCCAUCGAAGAAAAUGAAGCUCCUCUGAUCCUAGAAGUGAACGAGGAAGCUUCUCAGGUUUCAAUAUCGAACCUGACCGAAAAUUGGAGUAAUCAAGUUCAAGGAUCUAUUCAAACCGUGUUUGUCAACCAAACGUCCAAGUUGAUAUAUUUUGGGGGAAAUUUGACGUUGAACAGUUCUAUUUUUGGUUUGGUCUGCUUCAACUAUGAAUCUUCCUCCUUCGAGUCCAUUCCCUUCCAAGGAUUUAAUGAAAACGCAUCAGUGAACGCAAUUGUUAGCAUUGAUGAUGAGAACUUGAUUUUCGGUGGAAACUUUUACUCCUUGGGGAAUCAAUCCUUACUUCAUCAUAAUGUGUCCACCAAUUCAUCAAACUCAACUGAGUUGACCAUAUAUGAUGUCAGUCCAGAUCAACUAACAAGUUUUAAUAUCGCCGACGUGUCAACAGCAGGUACCAACGAAGCCCUUUCGCCAGACCCCAAGUCAAUCACUUGUCCCGAUCAAGACAAUGAAUGGAUUCUUUCAGGCUCCCAAGGGACUUGGCUAGCUAUGCUCCACCACACAAUAAUUCCAUCCAAGCUCCGUCUAUUCCAAUCAACUUCUGCAGAGGGUUAUGGUGUCGAGUACUUUAGGCUCAUAACUGGCCCUUCAAACAGUAUCAUGAACUUGACAUAUGUGAAUCCACAAACCAACGAAUAUGAAUAUUGUGACGCGUGGUGUCCACUCCUCUCAAAAUCACAGUUGGAAGACGCUCUUCAGAACGCAAACUCUUCAGAUGUAUACGAAGACACCGUCUUUAAUGACAAAACCAGAACAGCAGGCUACCUAACGUGGUCUGGAGAUUACCAAGAAUUCGAGUUCCACAAUGAACUCGACGUUACUCAAGUAACCAUCCAAGUAUUGUCCGCUUACAAUGAAAUCGGUGCUCUUAAAGGACUUCAAAUCUACCAAUCAGGAAUCUACGUUUAUGGUAACGAAAGUUUCAACGAACCUACCUGUGAUGAUUUUGAGUUUCAUUCUUCCAGUGUAUCCGUAGAGGCACCUGGAUCCUGGACCCCCCACGAAGAUGGGUCCAUUACCACGACCAUAUCAUUGAUCAAUGGUGAAAUUCCAGACUCCACAGUGGGUGUGACAUUCUAUCCAAAUAUUAGUUUUCCUGGUGAUUACGAAUUUUAUGUUUACACACCUGGCUGUUUAGCAACCGACUCAUGUAGCACCAGAGGAAUUGUCAACGCUACACUUCACAAUGGAAUCGACAAUGAGCAACUCGCAUCCAUCUUAAUAUAUCAAAACAAUGAUUUUGACAAGUAUGACAUUCUUUACAACGGUCGUAUCAAUGCAACCUUGGAAGAUCAUCCGUAUGUCACCUUAGAGGUCGAAUCAACUAUACCGGGAAAUUCAGAAACCGAGUUGGAAUUUGCCGCAUAUCAGUUGUACGUAGACAUACUGUACAUUGAUGCAGAUGCGGCUAUCAACUCAACUAAUAGUACCAGAUCCUUGAAUUUGACAGUGCCUUUAAAUGGUAUUUUUGAGUAUUCCCUCAACAACUUUACAGAUUUUGACACUUUAAGGUUAUCAAACAAUACUUUUGUCGGAAACUCCUCCAUAAAUCUACUUGGAUCCUCCUUACUUGAGAAUGCUACAGUGAAUGGGUUAGUUUUUCAGGAUGGUAAACUUUAUGUUGGUGGUAAACUGUCUGCUAAUGACGAAGGUAACCUCUUGGAAGUUGCUAUUCAAAAUAUCAACAACACCGAUAAUUCUUUUAACACUGAGGGAAUGAGGCUUUUGCAAUUCAAUGGAACCGUGGAUAGUCUAACAUCAACAGUUGGCGAAGACAUUACCGUCAUCAGCAAUUCAUCCAUCUUCCUUUUGAGAGAUUCCAAUGUCUUAUCGUUGGCAGAUACUAAUUUCACCGUUUCUGACACUAGUUCAUUCAAGAUGAAUAAUUCCACAUUUUUUCUAUUCACAAAUGAAGAAGGACAGUCAGUAGUCUGGAAUAAUGGAUCCAGAUCAUGGGUCGAAAAUAAUUCAUCUUUCUUCCUUAACUUAACCAGCAGCGUUAGUCUCGAUGAGCUUAAUGACACACUUUUGUUUGGAGAUUUGGUUUAUUCUGAGUAUUCCAUUAACAAUCUGGCACGUUUUGUUGAUGGCGAAUUCUUUGAAUCCCCGUUUCAAUUUAACUCUUCAUUCGAUAACAGUUUAUUAACCAGUUACUAUAUUAAUGAGUCAGCAGCCCUGUUUGGCGGUAGAUUUAAAACUACUGAUGGACUUUCCAAUGUUGCGAUAGUUACAUCACUCAGGAAUGGAUCCGUUCAAAUUUCUGGGCUAAAUGGUAUCGAAUGGGACGAUGAUUCAGUGGUCACAACGUUUUUAAUCUCUCAAAAAGAUGAUUACCUAUUUAUUGGUUACAAUGGAACUGCUGAGCUCAACAACACAAGUGUCCAAGGCCUAUUAAUCUACGAUUUAUCCCAGAACGAGCCCUUGGUUCACCAACCUGCACCAUUAAACAGAGAGUCUGACGAACCAGGUAUUGUUCACGCCCUCUCUUAUAAUACUGAAGAAAGCUAUCUUCUUGUGGGUGGAGACUUUGAAUCAGCCGGUAGCUUGUCAUGUGAAGCGUUCUGUCGCUACGAAAUUUCAGGAUCCCGAUGGGUCAAGCCGUCGAUAUCUAACUCUUUGGCUGGAGAGAUACAUGAUAUGAGCUAUGUUUCAAACACCAAGCUGGUGGUUGCUGGAAACCUCUCAGUUGAUGGUCAAAAUGACGGUUUUGUAGUGUUUGACUCCUCCAAGAAUGAAGUGAAUGUUUCAUCAGCGUUGUCCGUUUCCAACAUAAUAAACUACGAGAAUCAAACUAUUUCUCAGUUUAUACUGGUGGACAGUUCUUUAAAUGGCAGAGCUCUUGCAUUGGGAAACAAUUUUAUAAUAGGAUCCAAUGGAACUAACUGGACGAGAUUGGACGGCGACAGCUUCUUUGAAGGAACGAUUUUUACCAAUAUGGCACUUUUAGACAUGGAUAGCCGAACUCAAAACAAUCGUCCAGCCUCCAAUAAUUUCUUUGAUCUUGAUGAGAUCCUACUGGUGUCAGGAUUCCUCAACUUUGGAUCAGAUAUUGGUAACUACAGUACUGCUUUCUAUAAUGGGUCGUCGUGGAUACCUUACACAGUUACCACCAACGAUCUAGCACUAAGAAACUCUACCAUCAACAAUAUCUAUGCCAAUUCUACCUCUUCAAGAUCUUUGAAAAAUGAUAUCCUAUUGCAGGCACCACAGCUGGGCACAGGACCAGUCGUUGGAAUAGGCUUUGCAUUAGCACUAGGUACCACUCUCCUUCUUGGGAGUUUAUUUGCAUUAUAUGCUAUUUCUAAUAAGAGAAAGAAUUCGUUCCUAGAGAAGCAAGAUGCAAGAGUGGGAGAACUAGAAAUGAUGGAGAAAGUUCCACCAGAUCAAGUUUUGGAUGCCAUGGAUCAGGCCAAGUUCCGUUAG